GGUUGGUGUUGGAACAUUCUUCGAACAAUAAUAAUAACAAACUACAAGAAAUAAAUUAAUGUUUUAUUAUUUUCUUUUUCUUACAUGAUUGUGACUAUAAUGGAUUGAGGCGAACGAGUCCCCUUUUAAGAUGAGUUAGGUCCUUCAAAAAAGGAUAAUGAGCUUGAGAUGAUUCCAAAGAAGAGACUUCUCAUCAGUAUCGAUUUAACCUCUGAUGGUGCACAGGAGCAGGAUUAAAACAAUUCAAUAAACAGGUAUAAUGGCGGAGAAAACAGCAGAUGUCAACGGUCCCUUGGGAACAGAGGAAAAUCCAAUUGAUUGUAGAAGUGAGCCUCAAAACAAAGAAAAGAAUGAAAAACCAAAAGACUCAAGUUUUAUUGGUGAAAGUAAAAUAGGUGAUGCCACUGAUGCUUUAAAUCCUGAUACAUCUAUCAAUAGUUCAUCAGCUAUUAAUGAUUCUCCAAAUUGUAAAGAAGAACUUGAAGCGAAAGUGGAAAUCGAAGAACCAGAAGUCUCAAGUUCGGUAGUAGAUAGUGGGACAGGGGUUACGCUGGAGAAUUUCAACCCAGAUACAAAAAUUUCAGCAUCUUACUGUCUGCCCAUACUUCCAUCGAGAGACGUGAUUGAUGAACCUAAAGCUUCAAGUUCAGCUGUUGACUGCAGAACAGGGGUUACGCCGGAUAGUUCUGACGGAGAUACAAAAAUUCCCUCAGUCUCGGAUAAUCUACCCAUGCUUCGAUCAAGAGAUGUUACUCAUGAACCACAAGCUUCUAGUUCAGUUGGUGACUGUGAAACAGGGGUUUCGCCGAAUAGUUCUGACCGAGAUACCAAGACUCUCUCAGUCUCGGAUGAUCUGACCAUGCAUCCAUCAGAGGACGUUCCUGCAGGGGUUACGCAGGAUAUUUCUGACCGAGAUACCAAGACUCUCUCAGUCUCGGAUAAUCUGACCAUGCAUCCAUCAGAGGACGUUCCUGCAGGGGUUACGCAGGAUAUUUCUGACCGAGAUACCAAGACUCUCUCAGUCUCGGAUAAUCUGACCAUGCAUCCAUCAGAGGACGUUCCAGCAGGGGUUACACAGGAUAUUUCUGACCGAGAUACAAAGAUUCCUUCAGUCUCGGAUAAUCUUCCCAUGCAUCCAUCAAGAGACAUUACUGCAGGGGUUACGCAGGACAGUUCUGAUCGAGAUACAAAGAUUCCCUCUGUCUCGGAUAAUCUGCCCAUGCAUCCAUCAAGAGACGUUACUGCAGGGGUUAGGCAGGAUAGUUCUGGCAGAGAUACAAAGAUUCCUUCAGUCUUGGAAAAUCUUCCCAUGCAUCCAACAAGAGACGUAAUUGAUGAACCACAAGCUUCUAGUUCAGGUGUUGACUGUGAAACAGGUGUUUUGGAGAUCAAACUGGAUGUCGAAAUUCCUCCAACUCAUCUAAGUGAGCUUCAAGGAGAGUCAACGAACGAAUCUAAAGCUGAUAUUUCGCUUAUUGACCGUAAAGCACUUGGCUUGAAAUCAGAAUCGGAUUCCACACGUCAACAUGAAAGGAUAUCUGGAGAAGAAGAGAUGGUAAGUGAAGUUUUGGAUAAAGAGGAAAUAGAAAGAAGAUUAAUUUUUACUCAGAAUCAACUCAGCAAAGAAGAAGACUCUACUUUUUUCAAUGCCAACAGGAAAGUAGAAGAAACCGAAAAUGUUCCGGUAACUGAGGAAAAAGAGAAAGGUGAGCAUGAAAAGACAAAGAAAUUGAGAAAUGAUGAGUUAGGAAAAGAUUCCAGAGAUAUUGGUAAACCAGAAGAAGACUCAACUGUUGAUUCUACAAAAGGAACAUCAGAAUCAGAAAUGGUUGUGUUAUUUAAAAACAUCAAAUACCAAGUGGAAAUCAGAAGCAAAGAGGAAGAAUCGUCACUUAAUAAUUCUCUAAAUCUUGCAAAUGAUGCAGAAAUAGCGUUAGUCAGCUCUCCACAAAAUUUUGGCAAAAAUCAAAAACUUAAAAAAGUCAUGACCUCAGAGAAUAAAAAGGAAAUUUUUAUGAUUAAUGAUUCUGUUGAAUAUGGGAAUCUGGAGGACAAAUUAGCAACAAAAAACAAUUUACUAGAUACCAAAAACACUUCUGAACUUGAGUCAAAUGCAGCUUUAGAUGCAUCACAAGAUGGUUUCAGCGAAGGUAGUAUUCACAUAUUUGACAAUGAGCUUCCUCAGAGCUCUUUAUCAGAUGAUCAAGAUACUUCCUUGCCUGAUUGUAAUAUUGAGGAAAGUCAUGUUGAUUGCCCAAAUGUGUUUUCAAGCCCAAAUCCAACAACAAACUAUGAAGAGGUAACCCCAAUUAUUCUCGAUGUUUUCAGUAAAGGAACUUCAAUUUCGAAUUUUAGUUAUUCUUCCAGCAACUCGAUCAUGUUAAAACCUCUUUCUGUAGUCAUGCCUAGAGCAAAAGAGUUAAGUGUCGAACCAACUAAAAGUGAUCCUUCUAUUCAUCGACCUAAACAAAAAUGUAGCCCUCCUAAAUCACAGAAACAAGGUGUAAAAGUUGAACAAGAUACUGGAAGCAAGUCUUGUGUUUCUGAUGAAUGUUCUCCAAACACUAGUCAAUCACCUGGGAAUAGUAUACCGAAAGAAGUUUCUAAGAAUCAAGCAAUGAAUGAACCUUCAAUUCAUCAAUCUAAACGAAGAGGUAGGCCUCCAAAAUCCCAGAAACAAGGUGUAAAAGUUGAACAAAAUACUGGAAGCAAGUCUUGUGUUUCUGAUGAACAUUAUCCAAACACUAGUCAAUCACCUAGAAAAAGAAUACCGGAAGAAGUUUCUACGAAUCAAGCAAUGAAUGAACCUUCAAUUUCUCAAUCUAAACGAAGAGGUAGGCCUCCAAAAUCCCAGAAACAAGGUGUAAAAGUUGAACAAAAUACUGGAAGCAAGUCUUGUGUUUCUAACGAACGUUAUCCAAACACUAGUCAAUCACCUGGGAAAGGUAUACCGGAAGAAGUUUCUACGAAUCAAGCAAUGAAUGAACCUUCAAUUCAUCAAUCUAAACGAAGAGGUAGGCCUCCAAAAUCCCAGAAACAAGGUGUAAAAGUUGAACAAAAUACUGGAAGCAAGUCUUGUGUUUCUGAUGAAGGUUCUCCAAACGCUAGUCAAUCAGUUGAGAAAAGUAGACCACAAGAAUUUUCUACAAAUCAAGCAAUGAAUGAUACUUUCAUUCAUCAAUCUAAACGAAUAGAUAGGCCUCCAAAUUCCCAGAAACAAGGUGUAAAUGUUGAACAAAAUACAGAAAGCAAGUCUUGUGUUUCUGAUAAACCUUUAUCAAACACUAGUCAAUCAGUUGAGAAAAGUAUACCAAAACAAGUUUCUACAAAUCAAGCAAUGAAUGAUCUUUUCAUUCACAAAUCUACACGAAUAGAUAGGCCUCCAAAAUCACGAAAACAAGGAGUAAAAGUUGAACAAAGUACAGGAAGCAAGUCCUGUGUUUCAGAUGAACGUUUACCAAACAGUAGUCAAUCAGUAGGGAAAAGUAUACCGAAACAAGUUUCUACGAAUCAACCUAUGACCAAUUGCACAUUUGAGAACUUAUCUAUUACAAAAUGUCCACUUGCUUCCCAAAAGGUAACAACAGAGAACACACAAUGCACAAAGAAAGAAGAAAUUUUAUGUAAAGAACAACCACCUCAGGAAAGUAAAUUUGAACAGAUGCGGAGGGACCUGGUCAAUUGUAGACUAGGCAAACUAAUCACUCAAGCGUCCCUGCAAGCUAAACAAAAUGUAGCUGAGAAAGAUGAUCAUGAAAAACACUCACAACCAUCAAAAGACCAAGGAGGAAAAGAGGACAUGUCAAAAGAAUCAGGAAAGCAAUUAGUUCAACACAUAUCCAAGGAAUUUACUGGAGAAAAAACAUGUCGGUUUGAAGAUAAAGAAAGGGAUCUGGUCAAUUGUAGACUAGGCAAACUAAUUACUCAAACGCCCCUGGAAGCUAAACAAAAUGUAGGUAAGAAAGACGAUUAUGAAAAACACUCACAACUAACCAAAGACCAAGAAGGAAAAGAGGAUAUAUUAAAAGAAUCAGGAAAGCAAUUAAUUCAUCAAAUAUUCAAGAAAUUUGCAAGAGAAAAAAAAUGUCAGAUUGAAGAUAAAGAAAGGGAUCUGGUCAAUUGUAGACUAGGCAAACUAAUUACUCAAGCGUCCCUGCAGGCUAAACAAAAUGUAGCUGAGAAAGAUGAUCAUGAAAAACACACACAAUUAUCAAAAGACCAAGAAGGAAAAGAGGGUACAUUAAAAGAAUCACGAAAGCAAUUAAUUCAUCAAAUAUCCGAGGAAUUCACAAGAGAAAAGUCAUGUCAGUUUGAAGAUAAAGAAGCCAUUGAAGAGAAUACUGCAAAAUCUACUGUUGUAAAAAAAGAAGUAACAAAGAAAAAAUCAAAAGAAGAUAUAAAAUCAAUACAAGUUAGUAGAACCUUUAAUUUAAGAAAAACUAAUGCUAAAAACUAUGUUUUUCCUUAUAAAAAAACAGUAGAAAGACCUAAACAUUACAAAAGGAUUAUGCGUAAUAUGAAAAAAGAAAAUAAUAAAAUCCUACAAACAUCAGAUAUAUUUAAUGAAACCAUUGGUAAAGAUAGUUCUAUAUCAAAUUUGACCUCUCUAAAAUCCAGGAAUGUUAGAAAUUUUACCGAAUCAAGGAAAAAAGUAAACACGUCAAAAAGAAAAAAUGAAUGUUCUGAUGAAAAUCCAGUUUCUAAAGAUAAGUUUCAAUUUAGAAGAAAAAUUAACGAAUACAAACAAAAAAACUGCAAACAAUCCAAGAUUGAAAAGCAAGAAUCAUUAAAUAGAAAGCAUUUCAAAGGGAAGAGCAUAUCUGGAGCUAGCACAUGGUUAGUCAAUCCGUUAAAGAUGUCGCCAAAAAAGGAUAUAAUUGGGGAACAGAAUCAAACAACCAGUUCAUCAAUUUCUGUAGGCAAAAUAAGUGAUGGUGUAGCUUCUGAAAACACACAGAAAGGUACGGAUUUGUCUAAUACAACCUCAUUAGAGACAUUAGCUAGAAUAUCUAAUCCCAUUGUUUCUCUUGUAGACUGCUGUAAAACUGAACUGCCUGAAUUGAAAAACUAUAUUUUCAAGAACCCUGAACCUACAAGUAAAAGUGAUUCAACACCAAAAUCAGCAAUUGAUGCAGCAAAUCGUACAAAUGUUAUCGUACAUUCAAGGGAAUACUUUUCUCAGUUGAAACUAACUCCACCUGCCAAGACUCCAAAAUUGAGCUCACCUCAUAAAAAGGUGUUUUUAGCAUCACCUGCAAUGGAACAUAAUUACAGUAUGACUGACGGUGAUGGAGAUAAUAGUGAUUCUUCCAUUCCUCUCUCAGAUCCAGCUCACAAUUGGAAUCGAUCAGUAGAUAAAAAGGGAGGCUCAAAGAAAAAAACCAAUGAAAGGGAUAGACAACAUAAAAAACCCAGUAUGACUGAUGAUGAUGAAGAUGACAUUGCUUCUAUUAUUCCUCUCUCACAUCUAGCUAAAAAUUUAAAUCAAUCGGUGGAUAAGAAAGAAAUCUCAAAAAAUCUAACGAUUGAAAGGAACAAACAACGUAAAGAAUUGAGCAUGACUGAUGAUGAUGAAGAUGACAUAGCUUCUAUUAUUCCUCUCUCACACCUAUCUCACAAUUUGAAUCGAUCGGUGAGUAAGAAAGAAGUCUCGAAGAAACAAUCCAUUGAAAGGGACACACAGCAGAAAGAAUCAAGCAUUACUGAUGAUGAAGAUGACAAGGUUUCUACCAUUCCUCUAUCACAUCUAGCUCAUAAUUCGAAAAAUUUGAAUCGACCGGUGGGUAAAAAAGAAGUUUCAAAGAAACAAAAUGAUAAAAGCUACGCAAAACAUACAAAACCCAGCUUGGCUGGUGGUAAAGAUGAUGACAAAGUUCCCUUUCCUCCUCUCUCACACCAAUCCCACAAUUUGAAUCGAUCCAUGAAUAAGAAAGAAAUCUCAAAAGAACACAACUACAACAUUGAAGUAAUUGUGAUUGAUGAUGAUGAAGACGACAACCUUUCCUCUACUCCACUCUUGUCACCACCUCACAAUUCGAAGGGUUUAAAUCAGUUGGUUGAUAAAUCAGAAGUGUCCAAUGAUCAGAGGUUUACUGUCCAAAAAGGAAAUACUCCAAUAGGUCAACCUUCAAAAAGGUCAUCAGAAAACAAACAUUAUCCUGAAGAUGUUGGUUUAUCUUCCAUUGCUUCACCUCAUGAUAUGAAGCAAGUAGAUAAAUUUUCCAGUGAAAAGUUCAAAGAUCCUAAGAGUUUUAAGUCCUCCACAACAUCUAUUUUAUUACUACCUCUCGAUCAAAAUCAGUUAAAUCAGCUACCUCUUGACCAAAAGCAGUUAAAUCAGUUUUCCAUUGAUAAAUCAGGAAUUGGCAGCAUUCAUAAGCCUACAAUGAUAGGUUAUGAUGUAUCUUGCAUUCCUAUUACCCCUAAUCUGAAGGGAUUAAGUAAAUCUUCAGAAAAUUCAUUAGAUUCUCAAUGUCUUGAUACUAAUGUUCAAAAGCAAUGUUUGAAAGAGCCGAACAGCAAAGAUUUCUCCAGUUCAUUACCAACUAGUUUUUCUAAGAGCUCUAUCUUACACAGGAUCCUCGAUUCGCCUCAGCCAACAAAGACCACCGUUUCAUGUGAGAAAAAAAAUAAACUUAUCCUGCCAAAACCCAAAGUACCUUUAACCAAUUCAAGCUUACAACAAGAGCAUUUGUCAAAAAAGCAUUUUUCAAAUGUAAAUGGUGAUCCUGUUUUAGCUUUAAACUUUGUAUUGUCUCCUCUGUUUGUAAGGGAUGGUGAACAUAUUGUUCCUCUCAAUCCGUCAACUGCUUCUGCCUACAAUGUAGAAGUGAAUAAACCUACAAACAGUCAAUCAAUGACUGGCUACAUAACUAUUCCGUCCAAACUCACAGGCAAGCUUCAGUCUACUACUCAGUUACCAAACUCCACAAAUAGUCAGCAAUUACUAACGCUUGAACCCAUAAACCCCAAUGGAGGCUCAUCUUCCACCUUUGAGAAAAAUAAACAUGUUUUGAAUCAAAAUGCAAAAAGGGAGCAUCCAGAUACAGUUAACCAGGGUUUACUCUCUCAGAAAAAUGCAAAUAUCGGGAAAGUUCUAUUUGUGUCCGAAUCUGAUCCUGAAAUUUCUACAACAUUUCCUGAUUCGGACAAGCCAACUCCUCCAAAAAGACGAAAAUCUUGUCAGACUAGUGAUUCGAUCAAGAAUCUAAGUGAACUUGUCUCAAAUGUUACAAACACAGUUUGUUCUAGAAGUGAUUUGAGUCAUAUGAAUGUUGGUUUAGCAAGAAAGCAGGCAAAAGGCACACAAACAAAUUUGAACACUUACAAUACGGGCAAAGCAACUACAUGUAAGUCUGUUAGUGCUCAUAUAAGCCAUGAACAAAUACAAUCAGGUUCAAAUUUGGAUUGUAAAUCACUCAAACAUGACAGUGUUAGACAUAAUGCAAAUGUUAUUAUGGCUAACGCUGAGGGUUUUUCUCAAUUAUGCCAUGGCAAAAAGGUAUUAUUUAAACCUCCGGUUUCUUUGCCGGCUAAUGCUGUAAUGCAAUCAAUUAGUAUGUUAAGUAACCAGUUGGAUAGUAAGAAAUGCAAUGUUCAAGAUCAAAUAAUAAAGAGAACGAAGAGUAAAGAAGAGGAGCUGGAAGAAUACCUAGAUGGAGCACCGCCUUUCAUCAAAGAAGCUUUCAAGUGCGAAAACUUGAGAAAUGGGUUUGAUAGUAAAGAUUUAAUUUUUAUACUGUGCUUGUUGCCAGAUCUUGAAGUCAUGACGAACUCCCAAAAAGUGAUUUUUCAGUUAAAAACUCUCGACAUUCUCAAUGAGAUGUUAUCGUUGAACUUGAAACCCACUUGAAAUUUUGUAUUUGUAGAUUUUGUAAAGUUUCUUUUAUUUAAGGUUUUUGUACAUAAGAGAAAUGUAAUGUAUAUAUUGUUAAUACCGUUAAUUCAUACUUGUUCAAUACUGUAUAGCUUUUGAUAUUUUAAGAUUUUUACAGUACUAGUACUGUAUAUAAUAGUUAAGGUUCAUUACAGUGAUAUUAUAAACUAAAAAUGAUCCUAUUUACAUUGAGUGAGUGGGAUAUACUUUUUUAGGUUAAACAUCUCUAUUGAAAUUCCUUGUUUUAAUUAAUUUUCCAGAUUGGGAAGCAGUUUCUAUAAAAUAUAGAGCUAUAAUGCUGGUUAACAAAAAGAUUUUAGUAUCCAAACUAAACAUAACUUUUCAAUCUUUAAUGUGUAACAUUGCCAAAUCCUCUAAUUUAGGAAGAAAGUAAAGUAAUGCAUUUGAUUUUGAUUUCUUAUAUAAAUACCAACAUAAAUGUCAUAUCUCAUUCAGCCUUAAACAGCAAUGCGGUCAAUCUAUAUUUAGUGUGUUAAUAAUAGGGUCUCAGGCUAAAUACAGAUACACAAUACAACAUUAGCUGUCCAAGGAUGUAGGUGUGCUAUCUGGAUUUAAAUGAGCUAUUUUAGAUUUGUAAACUACAUUCUUGGUUAUUUGAGCAUACCCAAAGAUAAAAUUACACAGACCUGCCAUUAAAAUAGUUUCCAUUGAGAUCUCAUGUUAAAAUCGUCUUACCAUUUUUUGUCUUUUAAAUCAUUGCCCUUGUAGAUCAGCUACAGGAUUUUAAGUUGUGUGUCAGUCUGGAUUAAGGUGUUGAUUGUUUACAAUUCCUUCCUGGUUAUUUAACUACCUUUCAAACUAUUUCAAUUAAAGAAACCUAUUCACUACGAUUAAAGGGCAAGCAACAAUAAUUGUAAGAUCUACCCUAAGAAGUAAAUUGUUUUAGUUUCAGUACUACAGUGUAUUUGGAUUCAAUAUUUGAUUGAUCUGUAUAACAUGAUGGAAUAAACCUAGUGCAAUUAUUAAUCAUUUAUCUGGCAAAUUCAUUAAAUUUUGCAUAAUUAUUUCGGAGAUACCGGUACACUUUUUAUUGAGAUUCAGACUCUAGUUUUUAACUAGCUUAUGUUGUGUUUUUUUUUAUUUGUAUUCUGUUUAGUGACUUACAAACCCUGCUAACACUUUACUGUGGCAGUUCUAAUGUAGUCUUUUUUAUUCCUUAAACAUUUUGAAAUAGACUAUUUCAACUUUUUUCUUAAAUAAAUAAUGUUAAACCUUA